GCAUCUAUGGACUCUCAGGGAGAAAUAAGUUAGUUUCUCUAAUUUAUGGGAGAGUGCGUUACUGUAAGCUGCAUUAAACAUGUCAGACUGUGGGAGAUUGGAAUCUAGGGUACAAUUUUGGUGAACUGAGCUGAAGUAAUUGCAAAGUAAUUUGUUUUGCGAUGGUGGAGAGCGUAUUGGCGUUAGGGGUAGCGGGUGAUCAAUGUCGAUAUGUAAGAGUUUCUGAGACCGAGGGUGCGGGCACAAUGUUUGUAGUUUUCUGUCGGGAUAUGUGGCAGCCGGAUGGGGAUGCGUGAAACUUGAAUAGAUUGUUCAGGAUAGUGAAGGGUUUUCAGAGCAAUCAGAGCUUCGAUUUGUUUUGAUGGCGGGGUUUAAACAGGUUAAUGAGCUGUUAAAUCCCACGUUUUGUUCAUGUUCGUGUCGUCUAACUAGACCAUAAGAGCAUAAUGAGGAUCGGCAGUCAUUUUGUUUCAGGCGACACAGUAAAAGAUAUAGCCAGUCAAAUUACUUCAAUGGUCUCCCUUGAAGUAAGUGGGGGCUGUAGUUAAUGUAGUCGUCCGCUAGGUGUUCAAAACCGCUGGACAAUGCUGGUAGCUUAGUCAUAUUCUUGAACAAAGCCGUAGGUUUCUAAACUUAAGUUCGGUAGAUGCAGGGAGCUUCUGCGAUCCCUUGAAACUUUGCAGACGGAAGCAUGAAUUCUCGUGGCUUUGUAUUGUUGUUUCCUCUAUUUUCUUAUGGAUGAGCCUGUGUCGUGAUUGUUCACAACACGAAGCAGCAGCAGCAGGAGCAGGAGCAGGAAUAGGUGUGAAUCAGUCGUCGAGUGUGUGAAGUUUGUGGCGGUACCAUGAUUCAAAUCGUUGAAGAGGAAUUGAAUAUAUUGAUGAGGGCUGAGUUGGGAAGGGCUAUGCGAAGGUGUAUACGUCGUUAUUCCCGUUUGCUGCCGAGCUAUUUUUGCAGAGACCAAUGGUUCAGUUCAGUGAUAUAGAGGGAGGGAUGCUUCAAAUGGAUCCCAUUCCCCAAGAGCCCUUGGAAAGUAUUCCAAAGUGAUCAGGGCAAACAUUGGAGAAGAUGGAUAGAUUUGGUUAUCAAGAUUUACUCUCAAAAUGCAUUCUGGGUGGGCUCCCAGAAGGUCGUGAUCUAAAGUCGAGUUCCAGGCUUGAGGUGAAUGCAGAGCCUCCCGCUGGAGCAGGUCGGUUCUCAGAAAACCCGGUGAGUGGUUCUAAAGAAGAUACUUCUGGAGCUGCUGAAGCUGACGUUAGAAAUUGGACAGGCUCAGGAAUAGAUGGGACAGCUGUGGAGCAACGAAGCUCUCAGGAACUUAAUAUCCCUAAAGGCGUUAGCAUAAGUCACAUGCUAGGAAAACCUUGGCGAGCCGAGGCAUUCAAAAUUGAUGGGGUUCCUCGAUCGCUUCUUACAUCCGGAGAGAUCGGUACCAAUUUUCGUGCUGAUGUUCUAGAGAAUAAUAUUGUGGACAGCCGUAAGGCUAAGCAUGAUUUCUCGUUGCCAGUAUUCUCAUUCAGAAGUUUGUUAGAGGGUGCGGUCUGUGUUCGGUCUCCUAACACUACACAGAGUUCGGUAGGACUAGACAAUCAAGGAGUAGUAUUGCAUGUUGAACAUCAGAAUUGCACGUUUUUAGCUGAGAAUCGUGCUCUUCCCGACCAACGUAGACUCCUUGGAGAGGGGAAUAGUGCUAUAUGUGCAGGAAGCCCAGCAUCGCCAUGUCGUCGUGAUCAGAAGAUUCUCUUGGUUGAGGUGAUGACAGAAUCCUCGAAAGGUCAAAAUACUGCACUAUGUUCACACGAUUCUGGUUUAUUAAAUGGAGCCACUGUUGGUGAUAGCGUGCCGCAUGUCUCGUACUCUUCACUUUUACAAGCUCAAUUGAGUGAGUCUGUUCUUAAGACAAGAACAGGAGCUUUCUACAAGAAACCGAGGGAUGUGGAGCGUCAUUCUCUGCUAGUUAACUUGCAGUCGCAAUCUGCUGCAGUGAAUGGCAGGUUUUUGUCACUAAUGACUCAGACUAAUCCAGUGCUUCCGUCUGACGCUGAACUGGUUGAUGAGAAGACCUCGGAUAUUCGUCGCUCUAAAGAAACCUCCAGAGACAUUUCUGUACACGAUUCACGAUCCGCCGACAACGUCUCAGGGAGAAAUACGAGUGACUUGUUAGAAACUGCUACAGUCCCUGUUUCACUUGUUCUUACAAGAACAGAAGAAGAUCCUGCACGGUCAAAUUUUGUAGUGAAAUUUGCAAGUCCUUUGAUGGCUGAUCCAAUAUAUACUGAUGAGGAUAUGCUGGAUGCUUGCAUUUCGUUAGAACCAAGUGAUUCCUUAUCUUUAAAUGACUCAAGAUUGGUAGGCAGGGCCUCAAAAAGAGUUGCCAUGGAGUACUCACACGCUCCCCCAGUUACUGCACCACCUGUGUCCAAACCAUCAAAUGCUGAGGCUGCACAGGCAGAUAAUGUGAUGGAACUUGCAAAUUCUUUGGUGAAUGAUUCUACAUGCAUUAAUGAAGGGAUGUUGGAUGCUCAUCUUCCGAGGGGAUCUUCUAAUGCCCCUGAUUUAGACGAAGCACGGUUAGUAGACAAUCUUGUGGAGACGGAUUACAUUGACUCGUCGGAGGUGGCUGCGGUCCCAGCAUCAUCUAUGCUCACAAGAAAAAAACAGGUUGUUUUACCCGCAGAGGUUUUGGCAGAUCCAGCAAGUUCAGUGGUGUCUGAGUCCACUUGUAUCGUCGAGGAGGUUUCAGAUUUGAAACGUUUUGAAGAAUUAUCUCGAGGGUUUGCUUUGGAAGUGUUGCGAUUUCCAGAUAAUGUCGCGAAUGGGGAUAUCUUAGACUUGUCCAGAAGGGUAGACGCCCCAUCCACGUUGGUUAUGGUAGAUCGAGCAAGUUUUUUUGGAGCUGAUUGUGUACUCGUGGAUAGUACUUUGGAUGUCCAGAGUCCUGAAGAACCCUCUCAACGUCUGGGUAUGGAAGAAUCACGGUCCACUGAACUUGUCUUAGUGAUGGAAGGGAUGAAUCCUUCAGCAGCUGCUGAGGUCACAGCAUCACAUGUGUCUUCGGGUGUAGAAGAUGUCCCACCAGGAGAGGUUGCGGUCAAAAAGGGCCCAGGUCUUUGUGAGGAUUCAGUGAUUUCCACUGAACAAGGCAAACAUCACUUGAACGUCAACUGCAUACUGAAUGGUUCUCCGUCAGUCAAUCCUUCGCAUGGACUAGUGCUUGAUAAAAGGCAACAGGCUCCUUUGGAACCUCUGGAUAUUGAGAGUUUACGUGCUCCAGGUCAAUUCAAUUCUGUGAGUGAAGAGACAUUAUUUGAGUCUUUCUGUCAAGCGGGUCUGAAUCAAAGUGGGUACACAAACGAAGAUUCUGUUGAGGUAUCAAGGGACAACGUCUGUGGUAAUCAGAUUAAACGUAGAACCAGUAGUGUCUUAAGAAAGUAUGGAACUGAUUAUUUAGAUGCCUCGAGAUUUAGGACAUCAAUGGGAGUACACGCUUCUGUGCAAGGCCCUGUGGUUGAAAAGCCAGCAGACCUCCCUAAUGAUGAGAUCUUACGCUUUAAAGAGAAUAAUACCCACUCAUUGAAUGCUAUUAUUGCAGUAGUGGAUUUUCCUUUGUUUCUGCAUUCGGACGGACAGGGUGUAGACCGAGAGAGACAGUUUGUACCAGGAUUUGUAGAAAGUGCAACGUUUCAUGUUGGAGGUAGGGCUGAUCUUGUAGACAUUGGCACAGUAGUUGAAUGUUCCUUGGAAGCGGGUCUGAAGCAGACAGAAAACGUGGAGGCAUUGCUUGAAGAGCAGGAAGAUGACAGGGAACGUGAGAUUCAAACGCCUUCUUCAGCAGGAAAUGUGGCAUCACAAUCCGGGGCGGAUAUUAACUUCCAUUACAUUACAUUGGAAGAAGAAUUGAACGUAUCCAAAGAUAAAAUUUUACAUACUGAAAAGGACAAAGACUACCUUAAUAUGUACGCUUUGGUGAAGAAGUCCUCUUCUUUUACGCCUCUUAAUGUAGGGAUUCUGCCGUUCUCAGAUAGCAAAGUUGUUGAGCAAGGUUUAGGUUUCACAAGAAUUGGUUCUGAUUCUCAAGAAUUUUCUCUGUUAGAGCCAGUUUCUGAAAAACUUUGCGCACUAUAUGAGGUCGAAAGAUCACAUGAAGCUCAUGUUGGGAAGAUUGUUAAUGAUGUGACAGAAUCGGGUAACUCUGGUGUUCUAGCUGACCAGCUUGUAAGUACAGAUCCUGGUGCAAUUUCUUCGAGACAAAGGCAAGUCUUUUUACAGGAUAGCGACCCCACCAUGUCAGGUUCUCUGGAAUCUGUACAGGUCACUGGAGCAGAAUCUGGGGCCACUCGACAGCAGACGGGAAGAAGCGUUCAAUCGUCACAAGGAAAAAAAUUUAAAGAAAUACAUCUUGACGAUCUUGGGGACAGAGAUGCUAAUCAGCAUAAUGACCAUUUUAGACAUCUUGACGACCUUGAAGAUAAUGAAGAACAGCCAUAUGCUUCACCUUUGAUUGUGGCCGUGAAUCAUCAAUUAGCGGGUGCAGAGGUCCGUGCCCAGAAAAAGAAGAGGAGGCCACGUGCGCACAAUCUCGAGAAAGCUCUUCAAGGAACAGGGAAUUCCCACUUUCGUAUUUCAGGAUCUAAACGAAAGAGGGGCUUGCACAUCCAGAGAGAUGGUGGUAAUCGUUGCAGGCGAAAUCAGCAUAUUGAUCUUGAUCAUCCAGUUCCCGUCUUCAUUGAAGGUCGCGACGAGGGGUUUGAGGAGACAGAUCGUAGUGCAUUUUUGCGUUGGUUAUUACAUCAGGAUGAAGGGAACGGUGCACCAUCUCCAACUACAUGGAAGAGGCCUCGCAGAAAUGGUCGGGAAAUGAAGAAACCUAUCAUAGUCAUACCAUCAUUCCGAGUUGUCGCCGACUAUGAAGGCAGACAGCAAGCAGUUGAGAAUCAACAAAAACUAAAAUCAAGUAUUCAUGAGAAUGUGGCGAUAUCGAGCACUGCGCGGCAGUCAGAUUAUGAUAUGGAUGAUGAGGAUGAAAGAUGGCUGCAUUCGUGGAAUAAGCGGCUCGCUGCAGCUGGCUCAAAUCAGCCAAUUUCCGAGGACAAAUUCGAGGAGAUCAUUGAACUCUUAGAGAGGUCUGCUCAGUUGGAAGCAACUCCAACCGUAGAUGAUCUAGGACAGCCUGUGUCUGGUGGUACUUUACCGAACACCUCUCCGUCGGAUAUCAACCCAGCUACUUCAGGCGUUCCAGUUCUAGAGAAUGCACCCACGUUGAGCACAUCAACAGUGAGAUCUGGACAUCAUCCUCAGACUGGUGGGAGGCAGAAAAUUUCAACUUCAUCAAUCCGGUAUGACUGUCUUGGGGGGGUAUCUACAUCUCCAACUAGUGCAGUUCGAUUCCACUCAUGGACUUCGAAAAAUGAAAAGAUCAUCUGCAAAACUGUUGCAGAUACUGUAAUUAAAAGGCCAAGUGAACGUUUAUUACAGAAGUCCUUCGAGCCUCUUUCACAGAAAUCCACUGACGACUGUUGCGUAUGUAACGAGGGGGAAAAUGACAAGAAUAACCCGGUGUAUACUUGCAAAAAUUGCUUUAUGCACGUGCAUCAAUCGUGCUAUGGUAUUCGUGAAAAAUUUCGUAAUGAUCAGGGACGAAUUUUUGCACCUCCCAACUGGUUUUGCCGCAUAUGUGAGGCGGUGGCAGUUGGAGUGGCAAAGCCUAACGUCAGUUGUGUUUUAUGUCGAAAGAGAGGAGGUGCUUUGAAACAAACUGUAUCUCCUCAGAAGUGGGCCCAUGUCGCUUGUGCUCUUUACACCCCAGAAACCUUUUUCGUCGAUCCUGAUGCAAUGGAGCCUAUCGAUGGUAUUGUGACAGUGGUGGCAAGGGCUCAGGAACGACAAGAUCGGUGUGGUCUAUGUGGGGCGAAGAAGGGCAUAUGUUCUCUCUGUUCAGUCAAGGACUGUAGAGUUCCAUUUCACAUCUCUUGUGGAGUUAGCCAGGGAGCAUCAUUUGAGUCGCGCAAACCGAAGCAGAAAGGGGUAGGUGUCCGAUCCUUUUGCCCCCGCCAUGCGCACAUAACCUCCCCGUUGAAGGUGAUUCAUAUGGUGAGCAGCAACACCAAUAGUGAGGCUAUCCCCUCUGUUACAGCCAGGGGCAGCAUUUCAGCAGCUUCCUCUAUGGACCACAGGAAAGAAGACUCUUCUUGGCAAAACAUAUCACCUCUACAUGAAAAUUUUGUUGAGUCAACUUGUCGGGGCAAUAAUCCGGCCAUAGAAGUUAAUUACUUGACGGAUAAUGUUACAAGCAAUAAUGGGAAGGGUAUCGAGGAUGCAGGUAGGCCCAAAGGUAUACGUCUCAUUUUGAAACGAGGAUGGGAUGAGGCUUGUACUCAAGUAUCAGAAGAUGGGAUCUCAAUCGACCGCCAGGAGAAAUCUCCUAAUGAAACGGUAGGCGCCAAAGAUAAGUUCGAAGCUCAGGCAGGAAAAUCUACUUGGCCUGUGGUUGAGUCUGGACAGAGGCUGGAAAAUAGCAAACUUAGCUUCGGGAAGCUUUCUCAUGAUCAAGAUUCAGAAUCCUUUCGCACUUUUGUCCAACAUGAAAGCGAAAACAGUGAGGAUCAACAGCCAGAGAAAAGGAAGGAGAACAUGGCUGUAGUAGAUCAAAUGGCUGGUGAUGCUGCUGUUCUUGACAACGAUUCAAAGAUUUUAAGAAGUUUAACAGAAGAGAGGUUUGCCAAGGAGGUCAAAGAACUUAUUGCUCUUGAAGCGGCAAUGAAAUCAGGUGUGGCGCCUUCGCAUUUCAUGCGAGGAGCAUUUGUGUAUUGGCGUGCCAAGCGAGCGGAGCAUGACGCUUCACUGCUUUGUGAUCUUCGCCAUGAGCAAUGGUUCAAAUCCCAGGGUAUCUUCAACAAGGAUGCAACUGUUGAGGAAAACGUUUCUACUGGGAAGAUGGGCUCUCCUUCCAUUGUUCUAUUAACACAAGAAUUACACCCAAUGUCUUCUGAGAAGAUACUGGAGAGGGCUUGGGAUCUUAGGAAGCAUCUGGAGCGUCUGCGUAUCAUGAGUGAACUGGUGGUAAAACGAGAGAAUUUAAAAUAUAACCAACAGGUUGUGCUGGGCACCAUAGCCUCUGUGGAGCUUAACAAGGCUGAGAAUUUUUCAAGAGAACGGUGCUGUGUUUGGUGUCCCUCAACCAAAACUUUGCUCAAGUGUGAAACGUGUUCACGCAGCUAUUGCUAUAAUUGUUUCAAACAUCGGAAGGGUUUUGGAGUUAAGGGUUGGAAGGCUGCGAUGAAACAACCUGUGUACAGUUGUAACUAUUGCCGCGAGCUCUCUGCUAAAAUAGCAGACUUGUCUACUAAUAUGGAUUUAGCUCCAAACAACUUUGUAGAUAGUAGGGUGAUAAGUACCUCAACCACUACAAGUAAAUCUCUGGAUGAGGGUAGAGGAAAGGGAGUAGGGAAAGGGCGUGAUAAAGCUAAGGUCUGGCAAAGGAAUGACAAACGUGCAUCAUGUAGACCAGCUGAAGGUGGGGUGAUCAUUUCAGAUAGCAAACUGAUGGAUAUGCAUGAAGACACAGGAAAUGAACAGAGGACAUGCCUUACUGAAGGGAAUAUUUGUACAGAAGGUGACAAUGCCGGGACUUAUUCUCCUACACGAGGAGGAAAGAUAUAUUCCAGUUAUGGAAACAGGGUGAGCAAUCAGGGAAAGAUCGACCAGCUUGACCCAGGGUUGAAGACAUUCUUGAAUGGUGCCGAUGGCCAGAUGGGUCAUUCGAGCUUCGAAUCCACGCUACGAAGACUCAACAUACUCCAGUGCAGAAGCACAGAAGUGGAUCAGGACAUGGCGACUCCUUUCGAGAAUCCCUCGAAUGAUAUGGAAAUAGUGGUUGCAAAUAAUGGGGAUUUGGAUCAUGUUGUUGAUAGAGAGGAGAGUGGUGCAGCAGGCACGGAUCAUUGUGGUCAUAGGACUGGACUUGACUUCAAUGCUCCCGGUGCUGUGCACUCUCCUGCAUUACUCGUAUACAAGACCAAGAGAAGGUUCAUUCUGGGCAUGAACUCUGAAUCUCCACCAUCGGCUUAUGAUAUUUCAAUUCCUCCCUCUUCCCCUUAGCACUUAAGGAUAGAACAUCGACAACAGCACUUCUCCCAUCUCUUAGCGGAUUGAGUGAAGGAGUUGAUAGAAACUUUUCUGUUCGGCGUUCUUGACUCUGUUUUAAGGUCCUCAAAUAGAAUCCAUGAACUUCAACAUUCAAGCUUUCUGGUUGAUGCAUUUUUUGGAGACCGAAAUGCUUUAUGAAACCAAGAUUUGUGGUCAGUCUAUCAAAUUCUCAGUUUAAUAA